CUCCUUGCCGCUGUUUGCUUACAGUCAGAACUGAAGCAGUACAGGUCAGAUACAGUGCAAGUAGGCAUUAGACAGGUUAAUCGAGACACAUGGAAAAACAAAACUCAGCUGCCAUACUGCUCCUUAAGCAGGCUACAACGCUUAACAUCCAUACCGGGAACCUGGUCAACUGGAGCCGCUUGAAGAAAAAAUGCCCUUCUUCUACCAGCGAGGAGCUGCAGGGCUGCAUUCGAGAAACCCUUAGUGAAUGGUGUACUAAAAUUACCCCUACCCAGGAAAAGGAGGCUCCAAGCACACUGGAAUGCACACUGACCCAGGCAACAGAGGCCGUUACUCCUGAGGAAAGGGAAGAAUUGAAGGUUUCAGUGAAGUUGUUUCUCAGUGGAUCAAAUCCCUCGUCCAUCAGAACUGCAGUAGAUCUGGCCUGUUCUACACUGGGGGUGUCUCAGCUGGACUCUGUGAUGAUUGCGCCCCCUCCUUUACCAGAGGGAGUCAGUCUGACCCUGGAACAUCUGCAGCCUUAUUGGGAGGAGCUGGAGAGCCUGCUUCUGAGCCACAAGAUAGCAGCCAUCGGCACUUCUGAUUUAGACAAGCCACUGCUGGAGCAGCUGUACAUGUGGGCACAGGUGAAGCCCAGCAGUAACCAGGUGAAUCUGGCUUCCUGCUGUGUGAUGCCACCAGACCUGACUGCCUUUGCCAAGGAGUAUGAUAUACAGCUGCUGACCCACAAUGAUUCCAAAGAGCUCAUCACGGAGACGAGCUUCCAGGAGUCUGUCAGCGAGGGUGUUAAAGAUGCCGUGGUAGCGGAUUGGUCAUUGGAGUGGGUUCUUCGCUACUCUGUCAUUGUCAAAAGCCGAGGCAUUAUCAAAUCCAAGGGCUAUCUUGUUCAAGCUAAAAGAAUCAGCUGUUAACGUAAUGUAUAUGGUGACAGUAGGAAUGCAGCUAAAUAAAGCUAUUCAAGCGCACUUUUUUACAAAAUUUCUUGUGCAUCAAAUUAAAUAGCGUAGAAAGGCGAGUGCAUAGUGGUUCCCCCUUUUCACACAGAUUACUGUUGCUGGUUAGGAAACUUGUACUGUUCAUGGCUGACUGAAACAGACCUUGCCUAGUAGUUUUCAGUCUAACGCAGUCUUUCAGGUUAGAGUGGACACAUGCCUGGGGGGGGAGGGGGACCAGGAAAGUGAAAAAACAUUUGUGAAAUCCGUUGUCUUCUCUGAGAUCAUGUAAAUGUGCUUAAAAUGAACACUGCAACUGAUUUGAAUGCAGGAAGCACCCUCAGUAUCGCAACAUGGCAUUACCUAAUUAGCUGUCAGUGUGAAGUCAAGGGAGGAAUUUGGUGUCCCUUUUUGUAUACUGUAAACAAAGGCUUCAGUUUUUGUCAGAAAAGCAGAGUACACAUUUUUGACACAUCUGGGAUGUGCAAGCCAUCAGGAGAUGUGUCAAUUUUCUUUUCUUUUUACGAUUUGAAGGUGAAUAAACCUGGCUUGUUUUGUGCUGAUGUCCUGUUUAUACCAUCUGUAGAUACUGUCUCCAUCAGCAUAAACGUUCACAAAGUACCAGCUAACUUGGGAAAAUGUGGCUUCGACUUGCACAGAUUCAUUAUACAUGCCAGGGACAUUAUUAAUCAUAAACCAGAACUGCUGUGCAUCAUAUUCCACAUGAAAAGUGAGAUUUUAUUCCCACCGAUUUUUACCGAUGUUUCAGUUAAAAACUGUUUUUUACCGAUUUCAUCCCUAUUUUAUAUAUAUGUAAAAUAAACUCAGAAAAAUCCCCCCCCCCCUUUUUUUUUUUUUAAUUGAAUUGAAUUAAACUGAAAACGCGGAACACCUUUAUCCUCCAACAUUAAAAAUGACUGUAGAAUGGGUCUUGUUUGGUUGGUUUUAGAUAUUGGCAAGUACCAGCAGGAAAAGGGGAUACUGACAUGAAUGAAAUGUUACAUGAAAGAUUUAUUUAAUGUAUAUAAAGAAAAUAAAAUAACUAAAAUGAUAGUUUCAAGCCAGUGGGGCCAAGGUGAUGUUUACAGAAGUAAUGUUUUGAAUAUGUUUGUAGCACUUGGUGAAUUCAUACUGUUUGGACUAAUAUAACAAACAUGCUUUAUUGUACUGUAAUAAAGUAGAUGUAUAACGUCAUUGAUUCAUGACACACUGUAACUAAAUAUGGUCAAGUUCUUUCUUUAUUCCACACAAGGCUUAAGUGAUGGGUUGGUUAUGACCAGCUAUAUAUGAAAAAUAGAAUGAACAAAUAUGUAGCUUCAUUACGUUUUGCGAGAUUUGUAGUCAUUCUGAGGGAUUAUUUUUGCAAUUGCUUUAUUAUUUAUUUGUUACGGUGCUUUCACUUGACCAGUAGCUACUUUCAGUUUGAGUAGCCUGCCAUAGACAUGCAAUGUAGGCUAGAUCAUCCAAAGGGGUUUUGUUAGUAAGCGCCAUCUAGUGUACAAUAGAGGAUUGCCAGAUCACUAGAUGGUGCUGGCUUUUACUUUUAUAAAGACACUUUGGCUGAUCUUGCCUACAUUAUAAAUGUCUAUGGCAGGCAACUCGAUCUGAAGCGCAUCUUAUUGAAAAUAUAACACAUAGUAUUUGAGUACUAGCAAUAACAUGCACUCGGAAUGAUUGCAAGCAUCAGAACAGGGACAGUGAAAUGAAUUUCUCUGUUGUAAACUAUUUGUGGUUAAAAUAAUUUGAGCU